AUGAGCAAACCCCAUACAGCACAGAAAGCCACAAAAGGCUCCGAAACAACAAAUACAACCAUCCAAACUAGAAAACCAACGUCCGGAUCUAUGUACAAAACAAUUACUACACGACAAAGACGGAGAGUCAGACGAAUUAACGUCGCAGGCCAAGGUGGUCACGGAGUGUGGAAUAGUUACAAUGGUGAUGGUGGAGGGUAUGAUUAUGGUGGAGGCUGGGAUGUUGGUGGUGGUUAUGGAGGUGAUGGUGGUGGUGAUGGUAAUGGUGGUGGCGGUGGUGGUGAUGGUGGUGGCGGAGGCGGUGGUGGUGAUGGUGGUGGCGGAGGCGGUUGA